AUGGGUCAUUUCACCCGUUAUGGUAUAUUUAAUGUUAAACGUGCAACAAUUACCAGCGUCCUCCAAACCUUUUGGUCGUGCAAACACAAAGCCGAUUACUCAUCGCGUGCGGAAUCGUUUUUAACUGGUUCGAAUGUUAAUUAUCUAGAAGCUCAGUACCUGGAUUGGGCCAAAACUAAAGGAUCGAUUGAUUCGUCUUGGGACAAUUUCUACGACAGCCUAUCUGGGCCAGCGUUGCAAAUAGAAGACAUUCAAGAUGAAUUUAAGCCAAAAUCGAAACAAGAUACCUCUAAAGACAAAGAAGCAAUUACUGAGAAAAUCAAAUUACACUUAGCUGUACAGAAUCUCAUAAGAAGUUAUCAGGCCAGAGGUCACCUCCUCGCCAAGACUGAUCCUUUGGGCCUAUCUCUAGCCGCUAGUUAUAUCAUGAAGUCCAAGAACGCCACAUUGGAAACCAAAGGACUUGAGUGUCGCAUUGUAUCUCGAGAAAUCGGUAGAAUAUUGUGCGAGAAACACAUGGAUAUGGUAUUCAAGUUGCCCGACAGAACAUGCAUAGGCGGCACUGAAACCGAACUAUCUCUAAGAGAAAUAAUACAUCGUCUGGAGAACGUAUACUGUCGGUCGAUCGGCACCGAGUACUUGCAUCUCUUUGACAUUGACUGCAUCAAUUUCAUCAGAGAACGAAUGGAGACGCCCGGAGCUCUAGACAAAUCGGUCGAAGAGAAACGUCUCAUUAUGCGGAGACUUACAAAGGCUGUGUUUUUAGAAAAAUAUUUUGCCACAAAAUGGCCUGCGGAAAAACGGUUCGGACUGGAAGGCGGUGAGAGUAUGGUCGUGAUGCUGGAGGAGAUCGUAGACACGAGCACUAAGCUUGGCGUUGAGUCAAUUGUCAUGGCCAUGCAGCACAGAGGUCGCUUGAACAUGUUGGUGAACGUAUGUCGCAAACAACUAACUGAUAUAUUCGCUCAGUUCAAACCGAUGGAACCGAAGGAGGCGGGCUCCGGCGACAUCAAAUAUCAUCUCGGCACGUACAUCCAUCGUUUUAUUCGGCGCACGAACAAAUACAUCAAGGUAUCGAUGAGCGCGAAUCCUUCCCAUCUCGAGGUGGUGUCCCCCGUGGUGGUCGGAAAGACCAGAGCCGAACAAUACUGGAAAGGGGACAAUAAUGGUGACAAGGUAAUGGCGAUAAUAAUGCACGGAGAUGCAGCGUUCUCUGGCCAGGGCGUUGUGUAUGAGACGAUGCAUCUUGGAAACCUUCCGGCUUUUACCACCCACGGCUCAAUACACAUUGUCUGCAACAACCAGAUCGGGUACACGACGGAUCCUAGGUUCGCGAGGAGCUCCCCUUACUGCUCUGACGUGGCGAAGUGCGUGGACGCUCCCGUGUUCCACGUGAACGCUGAUGACGCAGAGGCCGUGGCGCACGUCGCGAGGGUCGCCAUCGAGUACCGCUGCAAGUUCAAAAAGGACGUCGUGCUGGAUCUGGUCUGCUAUAGGCGCUUCGGGCACAGCGAGGAAGACGAGCCCAUGUUCACUCAACCUUUCAUGUACAAAAAGAUUAAGAGCAUGCAAACUGUUGAUAAAAUCUAUGGCGAGAAAUUGAAGUCAGAAGGUAUAGUGACGGAUGCCGAUGUCAAGGGUUGGGAGAAAGAGUACAUGGACACGUUAAAUCGGCACUUUGAGCUCGCCAAGAAGGUCACCAAACUAAGCAUUAUGGAUUGGAUCGAUACUCCAUGGACUGGUUUCUUUGAGGCCAGAGAUCCCAAGAAAGUUGAAGAAACAGGUAUAAGCGAAACUUCAAUAAAUACAAUCUCUCGACAUUUCUGCAAGGCUCCCGAACCGUGGGCCUUUGAAGUUCAUAAAGGUGUGAACAGAAUUUUAGCUAAUCGAGAGAAAAUGGUUAAUGAAGGGGUCGCUGAUUGGGCCAUGGGAGAAGCCCUGGCCUUCGGGUCUUUAUUACGAGACAAAAUACACAUACGUUUCACUGGUGAAGAUGUCGAACGUGGAACUAUGGCACACAGGCACCAUGUUUACCACCAUCAGGGUGUCGAUGGCGCUACCUACAGAGUCCUAGAUGUUUUAUAUCCGGACCAAGCAAAUUACGCCUUGCACAACAGCUCCUUAUCGGAAUUUGGUAUACUAGGAUACGAAGUUGGCUAUUCGUAUUCAAGUCCUCAGCUGCUAACGAUAUGGGAAGCGCAGUACGGUGACUUUGCCGACACGGCCCAACCAGUUUUUGACACGUUCAUCUGUAAUGGGGAGAGCAAAUGGGUUUGCCAAUCUGGGAUCGUGGUGCAGCUACCUCAUGGGGUCGAUGGCGCUGGACCGGAACACUCUUCCGGACGCGUCGAGAGAUAUUUGCAAGCUUGCGAUGACGAUGAAGAUAACAUUCCUGACUUGGACGACAAGGAAAUGGCGUUGAAGCAGUUACGUUCGGCCAAUUGGAUAGUAUGCAAUGUGACGACGCCAGCAAACUACUUUCAUUUGAUCCGGCGUCAGAUCGCUUUGCCCUUCCGGAAGCCAGUGAUAUUGAUGACGCCGAAGGUCGGCCUUAAACACCCGUUCUACAGAUCGAAGUUUUCAGAGUUCUUACCUGGUACUUGUUUCCAGAGAGCGAUACCAGAAACCGGUCCGGCGUCCAAGAAGCCGGAGUGCGUAAAGAAACUGCUCUUUUGUUCGGGCAAAGUUGCGAUAACUAUCGACGAACUACGGAAGGAGAAGAAACUCGAGGACCAAAUAGCGAUGUGCAGGAUCGAGCAGCUGUUUCCGUUUCCUUACGACAUCGUGCUCCAAGAGUUCUGCAAGUACGAGUGCGCGAAGGUCUACUUCUGUCAGGAGGAGCACAAGAACCAGGGGCCGUGGCUCUUCGCUAAAGUACGCCUCGAGAACUUGUUCGGAAAGAAGAUUGAAUGUAUUUCACGCCCGCCCAGUGCAGCAUCAGCGACUGGUAUAAAAUGGAUGCAUGCUAAAGAAUUGAAAGAACUCAAAGAGAAGAUUAUAAAAAUAUAA